GAUUGGUUAGGAGGCUACAAUAUAAUCCGGGCACAACCUCUCCCCCUUGGAAUCUGUAUUUACGAGGUUUCCUUCUUUCCUGGCUGAACGUGCUGAAGCCCGGCAGAGUACCUUGUGAAAGACUUCAGCCCCCACAGUCCUCUGUGUGCGCAUGCCCACUCUUCUUACAGUUGUCAAAGUGCUUUUCCAGAGCGGUCACAUAAUCAACCCGAAAGAAGAAAUAAAUACUGUUCAUUUUUCAAUUUUAUCGCUCUUUAAAAACUGGACACUUAAAGCUGCGCAAACCAUGCAGGAUGAUUUACUGAUGGACAAAAGCAAAACCCAGCCCCAGUCUCAGCAGCAGCAGCGGCAGCAGCAGCAGCAGCAGCAGCAACAGCUCCAGCCCGAGCCCGGCGCAGCCGAAGCCCCGUCCACGCCCCUCUCCUCAGAGACCCCCAAGCCCGAAGACAGUAGCGCGGUGCCGGCCCUCAGCCCCGCCUCGGCCCCGCCAGCCCCCAACGGCCCAGACAAAAUGCAGAUGGAGUCGCCGCUCCUGCCGGGCUUGAGUUUCCAUCAGCCCCCUCAGCAGCCACCGCCACCGCCGCAGGAGCCCGCGGCGCCCGGAGCGUCGCUGUCACCGUCCUUUGGCAGCACCUGGUCCACGGGCACGACGAACGCGGUGGAGGACAGCUUCUUCCAGGGGAUCACCCCGGUCAACGGGACCAUGCUCUUCCAAAACUUUCCGCACCACGUCAACCCGGUCUUCGGAGGCACCUUCUCCCCACAGAUCGGCCUGGCACAGACCCAGCACCACCAGCAGCCGCCGCCGCCCGCGGCGUUCACGCUCUGGUGCGUGUUCCAGCCGUCCUCAUCUUCGGCCGCUGCGGCCGCUGCUGCCGCGGCCGCCGCCUCCUCGGCCUCGUCCAGCUGGAACACGCACCAGAGCGUGAACGCCGCCUGGAGUGCCCCGUCCAACCCGUGGGGUGGCCUACAGGCCGGCCGGGACCCUCGCCGCGCUGUUGGCGUGGGCGUGGGCGUGGGUGUAGGGGUACCCUCCCCGCUUAACCCCAUCUCGCCGCUCAAAAAGCCCUUCUCCAGCAAUGUGAUCGCGCCACCUAAGUUCCCUCGUGCGGCCCCGCUCACCUCCAAAUCCUGGAUGGAGGAUAACGCUUUCCGAACCGAUAAUGGUAACAAUCUGUUGCCUUUUCAGGACCGGAGUAGGCCCUAUGACACUUUUAACUUGCACUCCUUGGAGAACUCCUUAAUGGAUAUGAUAAGGACUGACCAUGAGCCUCUGAAAGGACGCAUGGGAAUAAAUUUUCAUCAUCCAGGAACCGAUAACAUUAUGGCACUUAACACCAGGAGCUAUGGGCGGAGACGAGGUCGGUCUUCUCUCUUUCCCUUUGAAGACGCCUUCUUGGAUGACAGCCAUGGCGAUCAGGCUUUAUCCUCUGGCUUAAGUUCUCCCACUCGAUGUCAGAAUGGGGAGCGAGUGGAACGCUACUCUAGAAAGGUGUUUGUUGGAGGCCUUCCUCCUGACAUCGAUGAAGAUGAGAUCACUGCCAGCUUUCGCAGAUUCGGACCUCUCGUGGUAGACUGGCCUCAUAAAGCAGAGAGCAAGUCAUACUUCCCUCCUAAAGGCUAUGCCUUCCUGCUGUUCCAGGAAGAAAGCUCAGUGCAAGCUUUGAUAGAUGCCUGCCUAGAAGAGGAUGGGAAGCUGUACCUGUGUGUGUCCAGCCCCACCAUCAAGGAUAAGCCGGUGCAAAUUCGACCGUGGAACCUAAGUGACAGUGACUUUGUAAUGGAUGGUUCUCAGCCUUUGGACCCCAGAAAAACUAUCUUUGUUGGGGGAGUUCCACGACCCCUUCGAGCUGUUGAACUGGCAAUGAUAAUGGACCGUUUGUAUGGUGGUGUUUGCUAUGCUGGCAUUGACACAGAUCCAGAGCUGAAGUACCCCAAAGGUGCUGGGCGUGUUGCGUUCUCCAAUCAGCAGAGCUACAUUGCAGCCAUCAGUGCACGCUUUGUGCAGCUUCAACACAAUGACAUUGACAAACGGGUGGAAGUGAAACCGUAUGUGCUGGACGACCAGAUGUGUGACGAGUGCCAGGGCACGCGCUGCGGUGGGAAGUUUGCCCCAUUCUUCUGUGCCAACGUCACCUGUCUGCAGUACUACUGUGAAUACUGCUGGGCUAGCAUCCACUCCCGAGCCGGCCGCGAGUUCCACAAACCGCUGGUGAAGGAGGGAGGCGACCGCCCUCGGCACGUCCCGUUCCGCUGGAGCUGAGCGCCAGGCAGACCCAGCUACAAGUACUGGAGUAGGAUCACAAGGAGGAAGAGAGGGCACUGCCUCAGGGCUCACGGUGUUCUGGAAAUCUGUGCAUUCGUUCUCGAUUUUUAAAGAAGAAAUGGGUCUUUUUAUUAUUAUUAUCAUUUACAGUCCAUAUUACUGAACUCAGCGUCCAGUAUAAUGCAGAAUCGCAGAGUGUGUAACGGUACCCAUUUGCACUUUGACUCACAACUUGUCUGCUUGGUACCUUGAUUUCUUACACCUGAUCUGUCACCUCCACAGUACGUAGACUGCCAUUCUCAUCAGCGGCCGUCAGGUUGACAUCUGUGACUCUUUGUUUGAUGUUGUGUCGUUGCUCUGACUGGUUUUGAACUGGAGCAUGCACUUAUUUUCAGAGAUUUAGAGAGUCGCCCCUAGGACAAGACUUACCAAAGGUCCCACGUGUAAGUAGAGGCCGACGUAGCAAACACUUUACAAUCAGCAAUCAGUAGUGGGGGUCACGUAGAGUAAGGCUAGCCCUUCAUGAAAAUAAGCCUGUAGUUGCUCUGUACUCUGACAUGUACGGAUACCUCACAAGCUGGAUCUUUCAUUUUCCUUCAUGUUUGAUUUUUGUUUUGCUGAGGAUUUGGGUUAGAUGUUUUAGUGUUAUGUAAAUUUAUGCUGCAAUAGCUUUUGCUGCUAUUAAAAUGAUAUUGUUGAUACCAUAAUACUCUAUUCAGGCUAAGGUAUCAAUUAAAAACAAAAACGAGAACCCAACAACACACUUUCAUGGUUUAGGGAUAGAGCAAGCUGCUGGAGGAGAUCAGAAGAGACCAGAGAGAGCCAGCGGAGGCCGCCGUUCCUGACUGCAUGUUUACUUAAUGCGGUUGCUGCAUGCAAUAAAUUUUAUAUCCAAUGUCUAGUAUAAAACCUUCCCACAAUGCACAAAUUAAGAAUCUAUAUAAGCUAUAAAAUACUCAUUUUUUAAACAUUUUUUUCAUUCAAAAGAAUUGGUAAUCGGUGGGAGGAAGGCAUGCCUCAAUGGGUGGAAUGUCCGUGGACAGGAAGAGCCCAUAACAGGACGACCAUUACUCACCAAUAGAACACCUAGGUGUAGGAUACUCUUACAGCAAACCUGUGGGUGGUAGAUGAAGUGCUGCGGUGCUGUUAUAUCUUGUGCAAUUUAUUUUAUAUAGUAAAGUGAUUAUGUCUAACUGUGAUCAAAUGUCACUGUUGAAAGCCUCUGUGUCAGACAUUAGUGGACGUGACCAUUCAUAGCUGGUACAUUGUUAACUCCUGAGCUCUGGGUUACGCCCUCGUAAUGCUCACCCCACUUUACACAGCUUCAGAUCUUGUCCAGAAAGCCAAAGAGCUCGUCUUUGCUCUAAAACACUAAGAAUGUACAGAAUCUAGAAAUAAGCUGUCAGGUUGACACUGCGGCACACAUCUUUAAAAAGCCACGUAAGGGUGAUGCUAAAGCAACGUCUGAGUGAGAUGGGCUGAGCAGUCGCGGCCUUCGGUGUGAGUCACAAACUUCAGGUCCCUGGAUUCACCUGGAAAGCCUGCUGGACAUUGUUUUAGUAUUCACUCCUGGGCUGCAGAGAGGAAUAGAAACACACACGGUGAUUGCAAGACUGUAAAGCUUUUAAUCCCUUCUUUAUUUGUUCUGAAUUCUGGGGACAAUCUGACUGGAUGUCACACUGCAGAGUAGAUCUAAGUCACUGUUUUUUGUGCUGUGAUUUCCUGUACUGUCUUAAAGUUAGUGUUGCCUGGUUUUUGUUGUAGUUUGUUUUUUGUUUCUCCAGUGUUGAGUUGUGAAUACUGGCUCUCCAGCUACAGUUUGUUUUCAAAAAGAGGAGAAAAAAAAUAGUUUUUUACUGAAUUAAAAGAUGCCUAUUAGAACCCUCCCCCUUGGGGUUUUCUCUGGGCCUUUUGGUAAUAAUUGCUUUUCUGCAGCCCAGAUGUGGUUUCGUUUUGUUUUGUUCCUUUUUUUCUAUGUUUGUGUUUUCCUUUUUUUCAUCUGUAUGGGAAAUUUUGUUAUGCACUACUACUUUUAUAUUCUAGAACGUUUUCAAGAGUUGGCUGAUGAUUUUUGUUUGUUUGUUUUUAAGGAAAAGGCAUGCUUUCUGACUGACCUGAUCUUUUGCAAUACCUCAAUUUUGAAAUAUAGGAAAGAAAAUGAUAUUUUCUAAGUAAGUUUAUUCAGAAAAUAUAUAUUAAUUUAAUUCUGCAAGAAAAUGAUUUAACAGAUGGGUAACUUUAUUUUUUUCAUGCUUAUUUGUGUUUUUUGAAAAUGAAGAAGUUAGAGCUUUAUAACUAUAAUAUUAAAGAUCAUAUCUAACCUACAGAAAUCUACCUAAUUAUGUGAAAGAUGCAAAUGUUUGGAAGAAGCUCCCCUCUUUCAUGUUCUAUAACAACCCUGAGCUCUAGAGAAGCUGGGAGACUGGGCAGCGUGAACUAGUGCGGAGGGAGACCAGGCUGUGAGAGAGACUCCAUCAUUGCUGGGAGUUGUGACUUAGGUGACGGAACUACUUUCCCUUGAUUUGUAUAUUUAUAUCAAGUGUUGAUUGUGCGGCUGACCAGGAUUGUGAAAGAGUUCUUCUGUUUGUAUUUUUUUAAAGAGAACUUUUUUAGUUUAUUAAAUUAUAACAUGUUCCCUUUUGUUUUUGUAAAUAAAUGUGCCCCCCCCAAGUUCUUAAUGUUAUAUUAAAAGAGAAGGUCCUUCAAAAAAAUUAUUUUUUAAAACACAGAGGUGUUCUGCCCUGCAACUUGACUGGGAAGCCCCUGGUAACACAGGCCCUCCGUGGCCUUCCUUGCUGGGACACUUGAACUGGUGGACUUUUGAAGGCUGUACUAACCUCGAUUCUUUGUUGUUACGUGCAAUACUGUUUGUACUGUUUGUAUAAAAAAUAGAAAAAAAAGAAAAGAAAAAAGGCAUAAAUCUUUAUUGCAGAUUUAUUUUCAUUGCAGACUUUAGACAUUGUGACUCACAGGACACUCAUUUUCUACUGUCAAGCGCGUACCUCUUCCUCAUGCUGGUAUUUUUUCAAUAGUGACGUAGCCUUUGUACUGAGACAAAUUUUCAUUGUUAUUUUUAGAAAGAUUUUUUGCUAAGAAAAAAAUUAAACAUAUUUACAUAUUUUUCAUUUUAUUUCGUAUUUUCUUUAAGGAGUGCUUUCUCAAUCAUUACUAGAGUUGUUUCUGGGAGGGACUUUCAUAUCUGGUCAACGUCAUAAUAUUAUUUUGUAUUUUUACUUGGAAUAAAUUAAUUUUAUGAUGCUAAUUCUUUAAAAGUUUAUUUUUUUCAUUUUCAGUUAUUUUUGAAGCUAAAACCUUUGUAAUAUUGUUACUAAAGUGUCUAGUUUUUUGAAAUGCAAAGCUUUAUGUAUUAACUUGCUGAUGUGGUUUACAGUAGUGCAACGACGGAAACAGUUGGUUCUGUAAAGCGACUGGGACUGGACAACUGGGUAAUAAAAUGACGGAAUGAGCCGAA